UCACUCGCGCGCUGAUAGUGAUAGUGAUAAGAACUGUAAACCAAACGAAACAUGAAGGAAUGGAACAAUUAUUAUUAUUCUUUUAUUACUAUUGUGAAGUUUCACAUAAGUGUAUCGGGAUAAUUUAGGAAAUCGUAUAAGAAUGAUGCAAGUUGCAAGAAAAUCCAUGCUAAAAUCUUCGGCAAGUGCUGCAAUGUGGCGAACAGUUGUUAGUACCACCACACAAGAGAUUCGCAUUUACGAAGUGGGACCCAGAGAUGGAUUGCAGAAUGAAUCAAAGUUUGUACCAACAGAAAUGAAAGUUGAGCUUAUACAUAAACUUUCAAAUGCUGGCUUAAAACAUAUUGAAUCUGCAAGUUUUGUUAGCCCCAAAUGGGUGAAACAAAUGAGUGAUGCUACUGAUGUUAUGAAGACCAUCAAGAGAGUUCCAGGUGUUAACUAUCCAGUACUAAUACCAAACCUAAAGGGAUACGAAACUGCUAAAGCGUGCAAUAUUGAGGAAGUAGCGAUAUUUCCUUCAGGCUCAGAAGGCUUCUCUCAGAAGAACCUCAAUUGCUCUGUGGAAGAAGGUCUCAGAAGAUUCAAGUUGGUAGCCGAGCAAGCGGUGAAAGAUGGCAUCAGAGUUAGAGGAUAUGUGUCCUGUGUUGUGGGAUGCCCUUAUGAUGGUCCCAUCAGUCCAAAAGCUAUAGCCAAGAUAACAGAAGAUCUGUUGGCUAUGGGUUGUUACGAGGUGUCCCUGGGCGACACCAUCGGCGUGGGCACGGCGGGCUCCGUGCGGCGCCUGCUGCGCGAGGUGCUCACGGUAGCGCGCCCCGACACCAUCGCGCUGCACUUCCACGACACUUAUGGACAAGGACUAUCGAAUUUAUUGGCAGGAUUAGAGUUUGGAAUAACGACUGUAGAUUCAUCUAUAUCCGGCCUAGGCGGCUGCCCGUACGCGCGGGGAGCGACCGGGAACCUUGCGACGGAAGACCUCGUAUACUUCCUAUACGGUCUAGGCGUCAACACUAACAUAGAUCUAGUCAAGCUCAUCGAGGCUGGCCGUUAUAUUUCCAACUUCCUAUCGAAACCUACAGAAUCCAGAGUGAACAGAGCUAUCGGAGAUAGGAUCAAGAACUAUGAAGAAAUCGUUAAAAUGGCAGCGUGUACAAUUUAACAAAGAACAAAGACUUUCAUUUUGUAAACAGCAUUAAGUAUGCAUCAAUCAAUAUAUCAAUGUACAUAUGUAAUAAAUAAUAUUUCAUUCCUA